GUUUCCAAAAUGGCGGCGCACAUGUGUAGUCGACCGGGGCUAUUACAGAGUUUAUUUAGCAGGACUCCAGCCUCCUUACUGGUUUAUUCACAAAGUCGAUGUAUCCAAACCACGUCAGCCUGCUUAAAGAACCGUGCCGCACGUGUACGAGUAGGGAAAGGAGACAAGCCCGUUACUUAUGAACAAGCCCAUCCUCCUCACUUCAUCGCACACAGAAAGGGCUGGUUGUCCCAACACACGAGUAACCUGGACAGCGAGGAAGGGGCCGCGGAACGCACCAUAGAAGAUGUCUUCAUCCGCAAGUUUCUUUACGGCACCUUCCACGGCUGUCUGGCCAACGAGAUUGUGAUCAAGCGCCGAGCAAACCUUGUCGUGAUCUGUGCCAUCUUUAUCCGCAAGCUGCCGCCGCAGAAGUUCUACUUCCUCAUCGGGUACACGGAGACCCUGCUUUCCUUCCUGUACAAGUGUCCGGUCAAAAUGGAGGUGCAGACCGUGGAGGAGAAAAUCAUUUACAAAUACCUGUAACCGCGGGACGAGGGGCCUGUUACCAGCAUCCGCACCAUGCGCUUAUCACACCGCGCUGGCCCCCGGAGGGUUAAAAGCCACUCUGUAAAUAAGCACUUCUGUUGUAUUGUUUGUUCACGUGACUAAUUUUCAACAUUGUAUCUUUGUUAAUAAAGUUACAGUUGUAGUCGA